AUGGUAAAAAAAGAUGCAACAUGGGACUAUCUUGAACAAACCAAAUUCCGUUUUCAGGCAUAUAUUUCAAUUAAUGAUGAUUCUUUGCAUGCAAAAUUCAUAUUAGUUUUAAUUCGGAUUCUUCAAGCGUGCUAUUUUUACAAGUUAAAAGAUGAUAAUAAGGUGGUAAAGAAAUAUAAAAAGAUCAUGAAGGAGAUUGAUGAUGCUCAAGACAAAGACCAAUUUGUGAUCGAUCUUUCGUUAAAAUAUAGUCAAUAUCAGUUCAAACCGUAUCUUUAUGCAGAUUAUCCUAGGUUGUUGAUCAAAAUCGCAAAGUUGGAAUUCUAUUACAAACUAAUAGGAGAUCAAGCAAAAGAAAGAAAAGUUUCUAUGCUUAUACAUAACAAACAGGUAAAAAAUCAAACCAGACGACUGCCAAGAUGGUUAAACAGAGAAUUCAAAUCAAUAAUGAAAGAAGAGUAUAAUCUCGAAGCGAUACAAAGACGAAUCAAAUUUCAUGAUCCAACACUCUAUCAAGUGUUCUUAGAGGAGAUAGCAUUUAUCUUAGUACAAUAUAAAAAAUACAAGAUGAAAAAAACAAAUUGUAUUUAUGUAAAGUAUCAAAAGAUGCGUGAUGAUAUUUUUAAAGCAGAAAACAAGAAUCAAUUAGUAAAAAAUUUAGCAACAUUAGCACAUUUUCACAAAUUUGAUCCAUAUUUGUAUCGCUUCAAACCAAAGUUAAUUCUACCUAUAUUCAGAUUAGAAACACUUUUUAAAGAACUUUUAAGACAAAAUAGCAUAGAAAGACGUAAA